ACCAUGGUGUGCCCCUGUGGCCUGCUAACCCGCCAGGAGGAGCCAGUACCACUGAAGAGCAUCUCUGACCUUUCCAUUUGUGAGUUUGUGGCUGGCGUGUCUGCAACCUUAAACUAUGAGAAUGAGGAGAAAGUUCCUCUGGAGGCCUUCUUUGUGUUUCCCAUGGAUGAAGACUCAGCUGUCUAUAGCUUCGAGGCCAUGGUGGAUGGGAGUAUAAUUAAAGCGGAAUUACAGGACAAGACGGAGGCACACGCCAACUAUGAGAACGCCAUCAGCCAGGGCCACCAAGCCUUCCUACUAGAGGAGGACGACUGCUCCAGGGAUGUCUUCUGUUGCAACGUGGGGAACCUCCGCCCUGGGUCAAAGGUGGCGCUCACCCUCAAGUACGUGCAGGAGCUGCCCCUGGAAGCAGAUGGGGCUCUGCGCUACGUGCUCCCAGCGAUCCUGAAUCCUCGCUACCAACUCUCCGGAUGCCCUGAGGACAGCUGCCUUACAAUGAAGACUCCUGUGGUCCCUCUGGAGGACCUGCCCUACACAAUCAGCAUGGUUGCCACUGUCAGUUCCCAGCACGGCAUCGAGAGGACUCAGUCCAAUUGCUCCUUGAGUCCUGUUGAGUACCUGGGGGAUAAUAAGACUUCUGCUCAGGUUUCCUUGGCUGAUGGACACAAGUUUGAUCGAGACGUGGAACUCCUGAUUUAUUAUAGUGAGGUGCAUGCCCCCAGCAUAGCCGUGGAGAUGGGGGAACCCGAAACAAAGCCAGAUAGUUUGUUGGGAGACCCAGUUGCAAUGGUGAGUUUCUACCCAAAUAUCCCAGAAGCUCAGCCAUCAGCUGCCUGUGGAGAAUUUGUCUUCCUCAUGGACUGUUCAGGAAGUAUGCAAAGCCCCAUGAGUAACCAAAAUAAAUCUCAGCCACGCAUCGAGGCAGCCAAGGAAACACUCAUUUUGAUUCUGAAGAGUUUGCCUAUUGGCUGUUAUUUCAACAUCUAUGGAUUUGGAUCUUCUUAUGAGGCAUUCUUUCCCUAAAGCGUGAAGUACGAUCAGCGUACCAUGGAGGAGGCACUGAGGAGAGUUAAGCUUAUGCGGGCUGACCUAGGGGGUACGGAAAUGCUGGCGCCACUCCAGGCCAUUUAUGGGGGACCGUCCAUCCCAGGCCACCCCCUACAGCUAUUUGUGUUCACAGACGGAGAAGUUUCCAACACGUUUAGAGUAAUUAAAGAAGUUGAGAGCAAUGGUCAAAAGCACAGAAUCAACUCUACUCUCUACCACAAAUCGGAUUUUAAAUAUGGCUGUAUUUAUGGCCCUACCCAUCAGAGGCCCAGGACCAAGCUUCACCCAGCAGUGGGCAGAUACCAGAAAUAAGAAAAUGACAAUCCCAAAGCCUGUGGAAGGAAUCCACAAACACAGGCCAGACUCUACACUGGGACCAGCUGGACUCUGGCCCUUGGGUGACAAGAGAGGAGUGUACUGCUGGGACGCAUAGGACCCCUCCCACAGAAGGCCACCUCUCCAAGGCUGAGAAACGUAACUAACCCACCUAAAAAUACAAGUAGAAAGAUAAACAAUAUGAAGUGACAGAGGAGUAUCUCCCAGGCCAAGGCACAAGAUAAAAUCCCAGAAGAAAUAAGUGAUGAGGGGAUAGGCAAUCUAUCUGAGAAAGAGUUUAAAGUAAUGAUGGCCAAGAUGUUCAGAGAACUCAAGAGGAGGAUAGAUGCACAAAGUGAAGACUUUAGCAAAGAGUUGGAAAAUAUAAAGAAUACCCAAACAGAGGUGAAAAUAAAAUCACUGAAAUGAAUAACACACUAGAAGGAACCAAGAAUAGACUAAAUGAGGCAGAAGAAUGGAUCAGUGAGAUAGUAGAUUAGUGGAAAUAACUACUGCAGAACAGAAAAAAGAAAAAAAGAUUGAAAAGGAAUGAGGAUAGUUUAAGAGAACUCUGGGACAACAUGAAACACACUAAUAUUCGCAUUAUAAGGGUCCCAGAAAGAGAAGAGAGAGAGAAGGGACCUGAGAAAAAGUUCGGACAGAUAAUAACCAAAAACUUGCCCAACUUGGGAAAGGAAACUCUCACCCGAGUCCAGGAAGCAGAGUUCCACACAGGAUCAACCCAAAGAGGAACACACCGAGGUAAACAGUAAUCAAACUGACAAAAAUUAAGGAUAAGGAUAAAAUACUAAAAUCAGCAAGAGAAAAGCAACAAAUAACAUACAAGGUAACUUCCAUACGGUUACCAGCUGUUUUUUCAGCAGAAACUCUAUAGGAUAGAAGGAGUGUCAAGUUAUAUUUAAAGUGAUAAAAGGGAAAAACUUACAACCAAGAAUACUCUAUCCAGCAAGGCUCUUGUUCAGAUUUGAUGGAGAAAUCAAAAGCUUCACAGAUAAACAAAAGCUAAAAGAUUUCAGCACCACCGAACAAACUUUACAACAAAUGUUAAGGGAACUUCUCUAGGCAUCAAACCAUAAGAAAAGAGAACAAACAGAAGAAAGAGAAAAAAAGAGACCUAUGAAAGAUUGCUUUGGCUGUUCGGGGUCUUUUGUGGUUCCUUAUAAAUUGUGAAAUUGUUUGUUAUAGUUCUGUGAAAAAUGUGAGCAUAUUAGCGGGGGUUGCAUUGGAUCUGUGGAUUGCUUUGCGUAGUAUGGCCAUGUUGAUAAUCUUGAUUCUUCCAAUCCAACAGCACAAGAUAUCUUUCCAUUUUUUUUGUAUCUUCAGUUUCCUUCAUCAGUGUUUUACAAUUUUCAGAGCAUAGAUAACCUCCUUAGUUAAGUUUAUUUCCAGGUAUUUUGUUUUGACGCACUGGAAAUGUUUAUGCCAGUUAUAAAAUUUUGGUUUUUGAAGUGAAAAGAAAAAAAAAAAGGAGUUGAAGGGCCACAAAUGGCAAAAUAUCCUUCUUUCUCAUGGCUGGAGUUGUAUUCCAUUACAGGUACAUGCUGCAUCUUCUUUACCCAUCAUCUAUUGAUGUGCACUUAGGAGCUUCCAUAUCUUGGCAAUUAGAAAGAAUGUUGCUGUUAAUUUCCUAAAUAGCAACAAAAUUUUUAAAAUAGUAAAUAAUGUACGUUACAUGGAGAAAUAAACAUAGAAAAUGUAAUAAUUAUAAAAUUUUGUGACAGACUUGAGGCCAAGAAUUAAGUCAUUUUAAUAAAUAUAAAUGGGUUUGACUCAUCUAUUGAUGGAAAAGUGUUUCCAAUUUGGCUCUCAGUGCAAGAACUAACAGUAUGUCGCAUCCAAGAAGCAAAGUGAUUUAAGAAGGCUGAAAAUAACAGGCUAGACAAUGGAAUGCCAGGUAAAUGAAAACAGUAAGGAAGUAGGGGUAUCAGGUAAAGUAUAAUCCAGGCCAAGAAAGGAAAAACGUGACAAAGAAAGCCCUCUUUUAAUGCCACAAGCCACAAUUCACAAUAAACACAUUAAUUAUCUAUGUACUAAGUAACACUGUAACCAGAGACACAGGAAGACAAAGAUAGAAAUGCACCAAUAAUAGGAGACAUUAACAAACAAAACAAAAUAAGUGAACAAAAAAAAAUGAGUAUGUAUACAGAAGACCUCACCAAUAAGGUGGAUUUUAUGACUAUAAAUCAAACUGUACAUCCUGACAGUAGACUAUACCCUAUCUGCAGUAUACAUAAACUCACAACAUUGUAAACUGACUAUAACUCAAUAAAAAAAAAUAUAUAAACUAUUCAUAAAAGUUGAUGAUAC